AAGACGAGUCCUCGGCAUUUUACGUUAAAGUGGAAAGGGUAAAUAAAUUGUCAUCAACUCCGACAGUUUUAUAUAGAAACGUAUCUUCUUUCAUCUCAAGAACUUUCGUCCGGCCGCUCUCUGCCGCCGGCGAUACUCUCUCUCUCUCUCUCCUCUCUCUUUCUCUCUCCGGCGGUCAAAGAAGUCUGAGGAAUGGCGUUGAAUCUUUACUGGUAAGCGUUUAAACUUUAAAAAGAAAGAAAGGAGAGGGAAGAAGUGAAAAUGCUGUGCCGGAGAAACUCAAGUUUUGUGGAUAGAGGAAACGUUCCUGUUUAUCUGAAUGUAUACGAUCUAACUCCCAUCAAUGGCUAUGCUUACUGGUUUGGUCUUGGCGUUUACCAUUCUGGUGUUGAAGUUCAUGGUAUAGAGUAUGCUUAUGGAGCUCAUGAAUAUCCAAGUACGGGGAUUUUCGAAGGGGAACCGAAGCAAUGCGAAGGGUUUACGUUUAGGAAAUCGAUAUUGAUUGGUAAAACGGAUCUUGGGCCAUUGGAAGUGAGAAGUACGAUGGAGGAACUUUCAGAGAUAUAUAAAGGGAGUUCUUACAAUCUCAUCACCAAGAACUGCAACCAUUUCUGCGAUGAGAUUUGUAUUAAGUUAACCGGGAAUCCAAUUCCUAGCUGGAUUAACCGUCUUGCAAGAAUCGGUAAACUCUCUGGAUUCAUGUGCAACUGUGUGCUUCCUGCGACCAUAAACGCGACCAAGCUUGGGAAUAACAGAAUCAAUCAAGACAAAUCAUGUGAGGCAGAAUCUGAGAAGAAGAAACUGACGAGUGGAUCGAGCAGAGAGAGCUCUACGACGAUUGAUACUCCUUCUUCAUCAUCUUCAUCUCCUUCAGUUCAAGUUCGUGGUCGAAGCAGGAAAAGGCGUCCUCGUGCCAUGCAUCCUUCAUCGCCAGUGAUUCUUGGAUCUUCCACCGUUUGAUUUUUGCUUUGUUGUUAAACAAAAGCCUUUCUUAAUCUCGUCUUUUCUGUUUCUUUCCCUAAUUGUGGUUGUGCUUUGUAAUCUUGUUAAUAUACAAACCUUUUUUUCUUUCUGUAAUCUUAUUUACUCUUUCGUUUCAGUUUUUGGAUAUAAUUUCU